AUGGCAGAAAGCAACCUCCCAACAACGGGAGGUGAACUGGAGGUGAAAAAUGAGUUUCCAGCUACAGGUGAGAAAAAGCAACAGGGAGAGACUUCUCUAUGGUGAUUUUGUACUGUUUGGUAACUAAGUAUACUUUAAUUCUGGCGCUCAAUUUUUUGGACCACUUCGACUUGAAUGUUUUGAGGAAUCCACUAAAUACGCCAGUAUUAGAACGCUAAUUGUAAUUGCACAUAGUUGUGAUCACUAACAAAGUUGAAAUAUCUUCUCGGCAAUUUCAGCGACAGAGGAAAUUCAAGCUACUUCAAGUGACGCUGAACUGGAUGUAUACAAUGACCCUUUAAGAGGUAAGAACACCAGGUGAAACAAGAUUUUUUGAAAGACGCCCCAGUGAAGUUUUUGUCACGUUUACAUCAAAAUUUGCGUAUGUUCUGUGGAUAAGUUUUGAAGAAGCCGCAAAAUAUAUUUUUUUAAAUUUUAAACUUUAUCACCAGAAAAUUAAAAAAAAACAAAGGGAAAAAGAAUUUAUUGCUCGAUCCGAUCGAGCAGAAUGCGUAGGCAUCAUUAAUUUUUCAUUAGCAAUAAAGCGGAAAAUUUGAACGCGACUACGCUUUGAAGAGCCCUAAAUUAACGAAGAAUGAGCCAAAAUUGGCCUACUAGGCUGAUAAAACUCAGUUUUCUGAGUUUUAGAAGUGCCUAUCUGUAUAUCAACGCACAAUGUUUUGGAGAUAAAAGAUGUAUCUACAAUUUGCACCUAAAAUGAACGAUAUUUGUGCAGUAAAAAGUAUUUAUCUUUUGCACUUGAAAAUAUUGUUAAUUUGGUCACUUUUAGUACGAAAGUCAUUUUCGGUAGGAGAGAGUUGUUGGUACCCGUAGACCCGUCAAAGUCCAGUAUUGAAAAAUUUGCAAACGGGUAACUUUUUUCAGGCCGCCAAAAGGAAAGUAUCUACGCGAACAUCUUUUUGUCCCUAAUUGUUCAAUACCUGUUCCAAGGAACUUUCACGCAAUUUGAGAAUUCUACAGAGAAGAGGAGGCAUUUUGUCUCGGCCGUAUCGCCUGUUUUGGUCUUCGAAAUAUUUUACACCUUUUCGGACAGUUAUGUCAACACCAGGCUCACGCUGUAAACCACAGGCCAACAAAAUAGUAGAACCCCUGACUUUCACAACAGGCAAAAUGGAAAUUCGCGGGAAAGUAGUACUUUCCCAAUAAUAUCUUUUUCCAGUGAGCCUCUACGAGAAUGUUUUCAAUAGACAACUACAUGUAUGUAAUAAACCAAAAAGAAAAAAAGAAAAAAGCAUGUUUUUCUGAGGCACUUGUCACUCUCAGCACGGCGUUUCUUUUCUUUAUUAGAACAUUCACAAGUUUUAACCUUUUUCGGUCCUGGCUUUGCUUUGCUUUAUACAUUUUUCCUCAACAACUCAUGGGUUUUUAUAUUCCAAUUUGACAUUUUGUAAAACGCAACUCAGGUGUAAAAGGAAUUUUGGAAAGUCUUUCGACCUAAAUGUAAACCAAACAAACUUGAUCUGGUUAUAGCCAAGCUACAGCUGAAACUCCAGAUAGCUUGCAUAUUUCAAAGCAAACAAAAUGCACAGAUAAAGUCUCCUGAAGUGCAAUUGUAAACAAAGUUCAGUUGAAAUAGGAUCUCCCGGUGAGAUUUGGGAUACUUUGAAAAACGUAACCCAGGUGUAAAAGGGUUUUUGGAGAGUCUCUUGACCCAAAUGUAAACCGUAAAACUUGAACUGGUAAUAGCCAAUUAAGGUACAGCCCAGACUCCCAAAACCUUACACAUUUUACUUGAACAAAAUGUACAAAUACUAAACUUUUCUGAUUUUUUUUCAUGUCCCUAAGCUCCUUUAACCUAACAGUUCGUUUGGAACUAUAACGUUGGCAUAAUCCGCAGAGGGUCGUGUAACUCAUUACUAAAUCAUUAACACUAACAUGGUGUGUUUUCAGGGAUAGCGAAAGUAUGUCUCGAGGAAGGUAACAGAGAAUACAGACAAGGAGAAGCUAAUAACGCGAUAAACUCCUACACGGAAGGACUUCAAGUGAACUGCAAAGAUAAACGACUGAACGCCAAGCUUUACAGCAACAGGGCAACAGCUCAUUUCCGUUUGGGUAACAAUUUCAUUUCUAAAUAUAUAAAUAUCUCAUGCAGCGUUACAAGGUAUCGGAAUACACAAUCUGCACCAAGAAGAGAAAGAAGUUGAGCAACAGCAGAAAAAAAAGCACAAAUACAUGAAUCCCCUUUAGUGGAUGAAAAUUCAAAAAAGAAAUGAUUCUCGUUAUUAGACUGCAAUUUAAGCAGUUGUAAUUUUUCAGGCUUUUUUACUGCAAUUUCAUUGGAUGACCACUUUUUUAAACCUCAUUUCCUGAAUCUCAUAGCAAACUAUGUGGAAUGUCUGGAUGAUGCAACAGUUGCUGUUCAAUUGGAACCCACUUUAAUCAAAGCUAUUAAGAAAGGUGGGUUUUUCAGACAUAAGCCAUCAACAUUCUGUUCUCUGAUUUCGUCAAAAGAGGAUUGUGUGGUUUGUGGCAGGUGACUGCACCCCAAGUGUCAAUUGUAUCUGGUGUGUCAAUGUCUGUGAUGUGGGUAAAAGCAUAAGAAAAUGUCAACAAGCUCUCAAAUACCGCUGCCUGUUUAGUUCACGUUGUAGAGCGCCGGAAGUCGAGGGUUCAAGCCCUUGACCGGACCAACACUCAGAGUCGUAAAAUAUCUGAGGAGAAUGUGCUGCCGCCUAAGCUGUGACAUCUGCAAAUGGUUUGAUAUUCUUGUCCCGGAUAAGAACAGAAAACCAUAAGCCCCGUUUAUUGCAUCUUUUCUGUAACUGAAGGAGGCACAUGAAAAAUUCCCUUUCAAAAGUUGUGUACUGCUCAAUGCAGUCUGCCGGGAAAUUUCCCCGAAAAGUGCUGAAAAGCGCAUAAGAGCGCAUUAAAAAGAAGAAUUCGUGAUAUAAAUUCAUCGUUAUCAUCAUCAAUUGAAGCUUAAUUGGUGGCCGCUUUGCAUUAGCUUCUUAUUGUUCAUCUUCAGUUCUUCUACAAGUUCAAAUUUCCUACAUUAUCACAAUUUUUGUUCCUAGCUAAAUGGCAAAUUAAGUCCAUUUUAUUAAUACGUUUAUACUUUAACAGUGAUGAGUUACUUCGUACCACCAAUUAUUCUUUGUUUUUCAGGAGCCAGAGCUUGUGUCGAACUCUGCUUGUAUAAAGAAGCAAGGAGCUGGUUGCAUAUGGGAUUGGCCGUAUCCUUUAACGAAUGUUUCAAAGAUGAUACGAGAUGAAAUGCGAGUAAUAUUUCAAGGAAAAUCAAUACGUUCCAGACAGAUUCUGCAACACAUAAUGCAAACAAUGUUCUCUUAUACUGCACUGAGCAGUUUUAAAAAGCUAAAAUAUUCUUAAAGAGUUCUUUCGAUUAUUCCACGAAACUUUACUCAAAAGAAGAGGCCAUGUUAAUUAACCCUUUAACUCCCUUGAGUGACCAAGACAGAAUUUCUCCUCACGACAUCAAUACAUUAUCUACCAGAUAAGUGAUGAGAAUAAAAAAAAUAUCAAUUCUAGGAUAAUUGGUUGAUCCAAAACCAAAUUCUUUGAGCUUAUAUAAUAAAAAUUGUUUGGUUAACAGUGAGAAGAAUAACAAUGUUGAUCUGAGAGUUAAAGAGUUAAUUCCCAGAGUUUGAGCUGAAUGCCCCUCGUUUUUGUCUUCAGACGAGCAUCACCAUGACGACCGAACCUAAACCAAUAAAUGCGCUUCAGAGCUAAAAAAAACUCUUCAAUAACUUGAAAUCAAAUCUCUGAAAAAAAACCCACGUUCGAAUUAUCAUUCCAGUUUUAAGAUUCUAUCUAAUACUUUCACUGUUUUUUUAAAAUACACAUUUCCACUGCAUUUUCGCAAAUCUACUCAUGAUUUAUCGAUCCUUGACACGUUUUAAGAUUGAAAAAAACAACAAACGUCUGCUUCAAUUACUAAGGAAAACUAAUGCUGAGCUAAUAGUCACAGAAAACAGUUCUUCCAAUCUCGGCAACGCUUAUCAAGGUCAAGGAAAGUUUCAAAUAGCUAUCAAGUACCAUAUGCGUCAACUAGAAAUUGCUAAAGAAGCAGGAAAUAGGACCGAAGAGGGAAGAGACUAUUGCAAUCUCGGCAACGCUUAUCAAGGUCUAGGACAGUUCAAAACAGCCAUCCAGUACCAUCAACGUCAUCUAGAAAUUGCUAAAGAAGUGGGAGACAAGGCCGGAGAGGGCGGCAGUUAUUGCAAUCUCGGCAACGCUUAUCAAGGUCUAGGACAGUUCAAAACAGCCAUCCAGUACCAUCAACGUCAUCUAGAAAUUGCUAAAGAAGUGGGAGACAAGGCCGGAGAGGGCAAAAGUUAUUGCAAUCUCGGCAACGCUUAUCGAGGUCUAGGACAGUUCAAAACAGCCAUCCAGUACCAUCAACGUGAUCUAGAAAUCGCUAAAGAAGUGGGAGACAAGGCCGGAGAGGGCAAAAGUUAUUGCAAUCUCGGCAACGCUUAUCGAGGUCUAGGACAGUUCAAAACAGCCAUCCAGUACCAUCAACGUCAUCUAGAAAUUGCUAAAGAAGUGGGAGACAAGGCCGGAGAGGGCAAAAGUUAUUGCAAUCUCGGCAACGCUUAUCAAGGUCUAGGACAGUUCAAAACAGCCAUCCAGUACCAUCAACGUCAUCUAGAAAUUGCUAAAGAAGUGGGAGACAAGGCCGGAGAGGGCAAAAGUUAUUGCAAUCUCGGUAACGCUUAUGACAGUCUAGGACAGUUCAAAACAGCCAUCCAGUACCAUCAACGUCAUCUAGAAAUUGCUAAAGAAGUGGGAGACAAGGCCGGAGAGGGCAAAAGUUAUUGCAAUCUCGGCAACGCUUAUCAAGGUCUAGGACAGUUCAAAACAGCCAUCCAGUACCAUCAACGUCAUCUAGAAAUUGCUAAAGAAGUGGGAGACAAGGCCGGAGAGGGCGGCAGUUAUUGCAAUCUCGGCAACGCUUAUCAAGGUCUAGGACAGUUCAAAACAGCCAUCCAGUACCAUCAACGUCAUCUAGAAAUUGCUAAAGAAGUGGGAGACAAGGCCGGAGAGGGCGGCAGUUAUUGCAAUCUCGGCAACAAUUAUCAAGGUCUAGGACAGUUCAAAACAGCCAUCCAGUACCAUCAACGUCAUCUAGAAAUUGCUAAAAAAGUGGGAGACAAGGCCGGAGAGGGCAAAAGUUAUGGCAAUCUCGGCAACGCUUAUGACAGUCUAGGACAGUUCAAAACAGCCAUCCAGUACCAUCAACGUGAUCUAGAAAUUGCUAAAGAAGUGGAAGACAAGGCCGGAGAGGGCAAAAGUUAUUGCAAUCUCGGCAACGCUUAUCAAGGUUUAAGACAGUUCAAAACAGCCAUCCAGUACCAUCAACGUCAUCUAGAAAUUGCUAAAGAAGUGGGAGACAAGGCUGGAGAGGGAAUCAGUUAUGGCUGUCUCGGCAAGGCUUAUCAAAGCCUAGAACAGCUCAAAACAGCCUUCCAGUACCAUCAACGUCGUUUAGAAAUUGCUAAAGAAGUGGGGGACAAGGCCGAAGAGGGAAGAAGUUAUUGCCCUCUCGGUGGUGUUCAUCUCCGUCAGAGAGAGUUGAAAACAGCAAUCGAGUGUUAUCAACGUCACCUAGUAAUAUCCAAAGAAGUGGGAGAUAGGACUGGAGAGGCGUGCUCACUCUGUUCUCUUGGAAUAAGUUUUGAGUGCCAAGGAAAUCUUACGAUGGCCUUUGACUUUUAUCAGUCGAGUGUACAGUUGUAUGAUGAUAUCAGGGCCAGUCUUCAACUCAACGAUCAGCUGAAGAUUUCUUAUCGUAAUCAGCACCAAAGGGCAUACAAAGGUUUGUGGCGUAUAAAUCUCAAUCAAGGUCAAGUUGUAAAGGCUCUUCUUGCCGCAGAGAAAGGACGUGCUCAAGCUCUGAGAGAUCUCAUGACCACAAAAUAUCAGCCUGGAGAUUCUUCAACGCACAGCUCAUUUGAUUCUCUGCGUUGGGUUCCAUUGAGCACAGUUUUCAUAGGUAUUAAUGGACCAUGCGUUUACUUCUGGGUUUUCGUCUGUGAAGAUAACAUCCAGUUGAGACAGGUACACGUCACGGAUUUUAAGUUUGAGAAUGAAUUGGAGUGUUUCAUCCAACUGCUGAACAAAACUGCUCUGGAGGAGAUCCGUGAAAGAGAUACUGCUAAAAUCGAAAAUCUUCCUCCUGAUUCGCCAACAAAAGAGAAAGUGGCCAAUGAUGUGAUCCGAGUUGGUGUUAGGCACUCCCAAUCAAGUGCUUUAAAGAAGCUGCAUGACAUCAUCGUCGCUCCUAUUGCUGACCUGAUCGAAGGCAACGAGAUAACAUUCGUUCCUGAGGGGCAAUUUUGCCUUGUACCUUUUGCAGCGUUGCAGGACUCCAACUCAUCAUAUCUAAGUGAUUCUUUAAGAAUUCGUGUGCUUCCCUCUCUGACGACGUUGCAACUAAUUCAUGAUUGUCCAGCUGACUUUCAUAUGAAGACUGGUGUAUGUCUCGUCGGCGACCCAUGUUUCAAACACAUCAUCUAUGAGGGAGGACUUUUGGAGCAACUUCCAGGAGCAAGGAAAGAAGUGGAGAUGAUCGGACGUAUCCUUAAUGUUUCCCCCCUCACUGGAGAAAUGGCAACAAAACAUGAAGUGUUAAAACGAAUAUCAUCAGUGGCGUUAGUUCAUAUUGCAGCGCACGGUAAAAAGGAAAGUGGAGAAGUUAUCCUGGCACCAAACACCACAAGAGAAAACCCUCAGCCGCAAGAGAAAGACUAUCUACUGACGAUGAAAGAUGUCAUGGAAGCUGGGUUGCGAGCACGUCUGGUUGUACUUAGCUGCUGUCACACUGCUCGUGGGGAGGUCAUGGCCGAGGGUGUGGUCGGCAUGGCGCGUGCACUUUUGGGUGCCGGUGCUAGAUCUGUUGUGGUAACCUUGUGGGCGAUUGGUGACGAGGGAACCCUGGAGUUCAUGAGUUUCUUCUACGAUGCACUUGCCAAUGGCAAGAAGGCAAGUGAAGCUCUCAAUCAGGCCAUGAAGUGUAUGAGAGAAAUUGAAAAGUUCAAGGAGGUAAUUUACUGGGCACCAUUUGUACUUAUUGGUGACGACGUCCAGCUGGAUUUCAAGGAUAUUUCGAAGCUGAAGCAA